CCGGAAACGGAACGGGACGAGGGAACGCGGCACCUGGGAAGCUUGCUUCCUUCCGCAACUGCUCUUACGUUAAUUACAAUUGUACCCCUUUGCUUCUCCGUCCCUCCCUCCGGGCUGCUGCGCCUGCGGUGUGAUCGAUCGAUGUAGGCGGCCAUGGGCAACUUGUCGAGCUGCUUCUCGGGGAAGGAGGAGGAAGACAGGAGGGCGGGGAGGAGGAGGAAGGUGCAGAGGCGGCCCUCGCAGGCGCAGGAGGCGAGGGGCCCCCCGGGGUCGAGCUCGAGGUGGAGGAGGGGCGACCGGUCCCUGCGGAGGGACAAGCUCGAGGAGGCAAUCAUCCACGAGCAGGCCCUUGCGGCCGCCCUCUUCCUGCAGCAGCAAGGCGCCAACGGGCUCCUUCCUGUUGAACGAUCGUCAUCUCUCCGGUACCCGGUUAACUCCGCCCCUGGCGGCAGCAAGAACGCGCUGCCGAGGAGCUCCAGUUCGCGCGCAAGGUCCCUCACCGAUCCGCUCUUCCAGCCGCAGGAACUCGUCAAUCAGGACCUGAAGAUUGACGACUUAGAGACAAGCAACUUUGUUCUUGUCCAUGGAGGUGGUUUUGGCGCCUGGUGUUGGUAUAAAACCAUAGCACUUCUAGAAGAAGUUGGAUUUAAGGUCACCGCCAUUGAUCUAACUGGUGCUGGAAUAGAUUCCUCUAACACAAACAACAUUACAAGUCUUACCCAAUAUGUCAAACCACUUACAGAUUUUCUUGAGAAGCUUGGAGAUGGAGAGAAGGUGAUUUUAGUCGGCCAUGACUUUGGAGGCACUUGCAUGUCAUAUGCCAUGGAAGCUUUUCCGAGCAAGAUUGCAAAGGCUGUUUUUGUUUCUGCAGCAAUGUUGACCAAUGGGAAAAGCACCUUGGACAUGUUCUCUGAGCAGGUCUACGUUGGAGAAGCUGGUCCCAAUGAUCUGAUGAGACAGGCUCAGAUAUUCAUAUAUGCAAAUGGGAGCAACCACCCACCAACUGCUAUUGAUCUGGACAAGUCAUUGUUGAGGGACUUGUUAUUUAAUCAAAGUCCUUCCAAGGAUGUUGCUCUGGCAUCAGUCUCAAUGCGACCAAUCCCAUUUGCACCAGUCUUGGAGAAACUUUGCCUUUCAGAUGAGAAAUAUGGUUCAGUGAGACGAUUUUUCAUAGAAACAACCGAAGACAAUGCGGUUCCUCUUCCUGUACAAGAGAACAUGAUUAAGGUGAACCCUCCAGAGCGAGUCUUCCGGGUUAAGGGCAGUGAUCACUCUCCAUUCUUUUCCAAGCCUCAAGCUUUGCAUAAACACUUGAUUGAAAUAGCUAAAAUCCCUCCACUACCUCCCGGAUGAUGUACAUGCUCACGAACAUGAGUAUUAGUUCCAAGAUUCAGCUGAGGGUUUCUUGUCUGCAGAUUAGAUGCUUGAACGCAUGCAGAAACAAGCGUGGGGGCAUGCUUGGUUUACUGCAUGUGGUUGAACUCUCUCUCUCUCUCUCCUUUUCUCCCUCUCUCUAUCAAUGAUCAGGAAUUAGGAUGUAGAUUAUUAAAGAUGAAUAUCUUUUAAUUUGGUUAUUUUUUCAUGAUA